UUACCGAUGUUGGGAACUUGGACACCAAUCAAGGGAAUAUACCGAGUAUGAAUCAUAACAACAAUAUGUCGUCAAGAAAUGAAUCUACUCUUAGAGGUAUAGAAUUGGAUGAACUAGAGAUCGAAUUAGAAUAG